AGUGUAGAUAUCUAACGUUAGCUUAUAGACGGAUGCAUAUGCAUGCGCCACGCGGCGUCUACGCUAUACCGGUACUAGCCGCGCCAAAAACCAUACCACAUUCUCAUUCGCAUGGUCAAUUAAGAGUUUUAUGGAAAGCAGCGCGUUUCACCUGUAUUUAUUUGAAUUAAUAUUAUUUCAUUUUUACUUGGGUAUAAUGAUUUGGAAGAAUUAUAAUUAAAAAUAUUAUUCAAAGUUAAAGGUGUACAAUGAUUUUGUUUCUUUGUAAGCCUUUUUCAGUAUUAUUAUUAAAUUUUACCUCAUUAUGUUAUGAUUCCAAAGUAGCGUUCCAUAAAGCAAGAUCUCCGAAUUUAGGGAAAUUCCCGAAAUUUAAUGGAUAAUAAAUCAAUUUCAAUUGAGGAAAAGUCCAGCUAAAUUUUGUAAAAAGAGCAGUUCAUGCGCCAGCCUCCAACUCCAGCAGUAACAAAUCAUAUCUAGCUAGUUUGUGGGAUUUUGUCUGCAGAACACGUCAACAACAAUCCUCAACUUGAUCGCUGAGCUGAGCCAAAUAAGUGCAUUCAAUUUCAAUACCGGUAAUAAUAAUACUACUAGUGACGUGUCCAUAACUUUUGCACAGCCACGGCGCAGCCACAGCUCAGGCGCAGGCCAGCCUGCUGCAGAAGCCAGAAGCUCAAUUACUUAGGAAUCAGUGUCGGUGUUUAUCUUUUAUGUCAUGUGUCGUCGACAAAGCUCUAGCUCUCCCAUAUCCUCAUGGAUGCCAUCUCACUGUUGAGAACUUAAUUAAAAUUCUAAACUAAGUAAGAUUAAGAACAAGUGAAAGUCAAAAUGGGGGAGAUUGAUACACAAUUACAAACGAGUGUAGUGGAGCUUGUGAAAAGUGAUGUUCUUGCAGCAGAUUUGAGAUGGAGCUUAUUUAUUGGAGCAUUGGACAGCUACCGGCAUGACAGUGUUCUGAGGCCAUAUCCACCGGGCCCUCAUCUACUUACACCAGACGGGGAAAAGGAUUUCAAUGCAUUGAAAUCUGUUGCUGGGCGGAUCCCUAACAUGAAGAUGAUAUUAGAGGGAAGAGGAUUGAGUGGUAUGCAGCAAGAGGAAUGGGACCUUCUAAAGUGGGUCCUGGAACCAAAUAUCUUCUCUGUGAAAUCAGUAGAUGUAGAGAAAAAGUACCGUGCUAUUCAAGAUUUGACCGGUGCAGCAAGCUACGAGGUGAAACCAAGCUUUAUCUUUGAAGUGGAGUACCAUUCUGCUGCAGGUGACAGGUUCAAGACCCUGAGUGAAGAGUACGAUGUACUCUAUGCCUACCAUGGCAGUAGAUGGGAUAACUUUCAUUCCAUCACAAGCAAUGGCCUUCAUGCACAUAUGAGCAAGAACACUCUGUAUGGUGAGGGCACCUAUUUAUCCAGUGACCUGGCAGUAUCCUUACCGUACAGCCCAGCAGGAAGGGGCUGGUCCCGGAGUCUAAUCGGUAGCACUCUUAGCUGUGUUGCUGUAUGUGCAAUGCUGGAUCAUCCCGGUGUCAAAUGCCAGGUCAAAGAUACCCAGAGCAAUCCGUCCCCUUCAAGAUCUCACGCUCCAGACAGUUUAGGCGGAGCUGUGCCUGAGAGAUAUUACGUAGUGACAAAUAGUGAAACAGUCCAAAUCAAGUACUUACUGAUCUUUGCUGACAAAAAGGUGUCUCAAGGGUCAUCUACAAGAGUGUCGCAUCGUCAGAGAUGGAUACGAGAACACCUUUUCUCUCUACUCCUAGUUGGAUACAUUAUAGUGCUUGUCUUAGUUAGUUUUGUUAACUCCAGAUCGUUUCAAAGUAUGUGGCGACGAUAUGUUAAUUCUUGAUGAAGGCCUAUGUGUAUAGCUUCGGACAGAUUAAAAAAAACCUACAUGCACAUUGCACAUAGAGAUAAAGAGAGGUCAUAACAAGUGAAAAAAAGAGCUUUUACUGUGGCCCCAGUAGUGACCCUUAGACAAAUUGGGUCUUUAGCACCAAAAUUGGAGCUGUUAUUCUUAUGGGCACAAGAUUUUUACUGCAGCUGGCCGGGCCUGUGGCAGGAAGAAUUGUCCCAAGUCAGUCUCAAAUUAAAUUGUAACUUGACUAUUUUUGAGCGGCACAUUAGGGACUCGCGUACAACUUGUGUGGUCGUAUUUAUACACAACUCCUUUUGUGACAAAUCUAAUGAGGGUGUUUGAAGAUAGGAAUUGACUGAUAAGUUAUCAGGCAAAGACUGAAUUGUCCAAUAUUUACCAUAGUAAUUGCGGUGGUUGGAAACAUGAAUGAAGAUCAAAUUAUUGAGUGUGACUUGUAUUGUUGAGGUUAAGAUGUGUAGAGGCUGCAGAAAUUGUAAUCUUCCAUACUCAUUGUUGAAACCCAUUUUUUCUUGAUAUAUUUUUUCAUGCAUAGCAUAAUAAAGUUGAAUGGUAUUUUCGUUGUGAAAUGCACAGGAAACAGGUGAGAUUAGAAUAUAAAGAAAACAUUUUGAUUAGUUUGAUUGCAAUUGAAAAAUAAACAUUGUCAUUUUUAUCUAAAAUAAUUUUAGCCUUGCCUUUGUUUGACCUGUACACUGAAAUCCUGAAUAUGUGCCUUUUAUUUUUCCCCUCAUUGUUUUAUUUUGAAUUUGUUCUAAUUAGAAGAAAAAGAAGAAUCAAUGCUAUUAAAUAAAUCAUUUCCUGAAGUCAUUUUCUUUUCCUUUUUGAUCAAUUACAUGUUAGUGUUUUAGGAAAUUAUUUUUUAUAGCUUAGUCACAUUUUUCUUUAAAAAACAUUAGUAAUUAAUACAAAUUAGAAAUAUUCAGCAUAUACUGAGUGUACAGUUUAUAAUUUUCAAAUUAUAUAUAGGUAACUGAUUUAAUUUUCUAAUUUUCAGAUGUUUCUUUGAAAUCUAUAGUAACUAAUCUAUGAAUUUAUUUUUUAUUUUUUUCUAGUUUUGAUUUUUUCAUAUAAUUAGAAUUAGUUAUUGUUAUUUUUCUUUUGUAAACAAAAGCUAUUCCAACCAAUGUAGAUCUUUAUAUUUUGUUAUUUUUACCUGUUGUCAUGUUGAGCAGGAUUGCAAAUUGCCAAGUAAUUUCAAAUCACAAUAUAUUGUGCUGUUUUGAUAUAUGAUGGGCUUUUUUAAUUCUUAAAUCACUAUCAUAUUGUAGAAUAAAAAAAAUGAAAAUGGGUAGAAAAAAUGUGCGCAUUUAUGAAAAAUAAAGCUUUUAUAUUUCUAUGGUUGGAAAAUACAAAAGUGUACGGUCUGAAUUUAAUGCAUGCCAGUAUAUAUUGGGUAACCUAUAAAGGGGAUUUAUUUUCCUUUCUUUUCUUGCAUGGCACUUGUUCCAACUCUAAAAAUUGAUUACCCAAAACAAAUCUGAACCCACAUCCCCCAAAGAUCGAACAAUAGAGGGAUGUAAUUGACCCAAUAAAAAUCUGAAAAAAGAAGAAAUGGUUAUUUUAGAAAAGGAUGGGGGCCUGUUGCCCCCAUUCCCCCUGGAUCCACAUCAGUACUGUAAUUGUCGAAAAGUUAUUUGCCAGUCAAACUUGCUUAUUUCAAGUCUUCUGGGCAUAAAGAAAUACAUGUAGCUUGGACUGUGCGUGUUCAAAAUAUAGUGUUGAUGUACACAAUAGGAAAAAAAGAGUAGAUGUUCAACUAGUGGACACUAUAGACAACGAUUGUAUUAUCUUGUUAAGGUCAAGUCCACCCAGAAAAAAGUUGAUUUAAAUAAAUAGAGAAAAAUCAAACAUGAAUAGCGCUGAAAACUUCAUCAAAAUCGGAUGUAAUAUAAGAAAGUUAUGACAUUUUAAAGUUUCGCUUAUUUUUCACAAAACAGAUCUAUGCUCAACUCAGUGAUAUGCAAAUAAGAGAGUUGAUGAUGUCACUCACUCACUAUUUCUUUUGUGUUUUAUUGUUUGAAUUAUACAAUAUUUCAAUUUUACGAAUUUGAAAAUUAGGACCCCCUUGCUUGAACCACAAAAUGUUAAAAUAAUGGAAUUCCACGUGUUCAGGGAGGAAUGAAACUUGUUUCAUAUGACAAUGACAAAUAUUUCAUUUCAUAUUUCAUAUAAUAAAAUACAAAAGAAAUAGUGAGUGGGUGAUGUCAUCGGUCCCCUCAUUUGCAUACCGAACAGGAUGUGCAUAACUGUUUUGAGAAAUUAGGCAAAACUCAAAAUUGUUUAUAACUUUCUUAUUUUACAUCUGAUUUUGAUGAAAUUUUCAGUGUUAUGCUUGUUUGAUUUUUCUCUUUCUAUUAAAUUAAGCUCUUUGUUGGGGGUGGACUUGUCCUUUAAUUAACAAUAUUUAUUAACAUUGAGUGAUUGUACAUGUAGACCAAAUUUAUGAAGUUGUAUUUUUAAAAAAUUAUGAAAUUUUAUGUAUUUGAAUAUUAUUUGUCUUCCACUAUUUAAAAGAAAUACCUGUACUAACAAUAAAAUGUUUGAAGUUUAA